AUCACGCAAGGGUGGGUUUUUUUUUCAUGGCGGCGCCCAUCCAUGGAGUGGAAUAGCGCUCAGGGAGGAAAAAAAUCCCACCAACAAACUGGUCUAUUUACAUUGUGCAGAGCUGCAUUUCUAGCUUAGUGAAGACUCUUGUGACCAUCUCCGUUACCCACCGUAGAAAUGAUCAGCGUGGGACGAUCGUUCUCGUAAAUACGACCGCCGCUUCGAGAAAAUGACCAGCCGAGCCUCCAAAAUAACAGGACACAACAAAGACACCAUCAACACAGACGAUAAAGACAACCAUCGACUGUUUGCAACUAAUCAAGAAGCCUCUACUGAAAGAAGCUCCACUAUGAGCCAUCGGGACCUAGAACUUUCCAUGAAGGAGGAGGAGGAAGAGGAAGAGGAGGAAGAGGAAUUCCCUUCCAGUCCACUGGCCACUGACGUGGACCAGUUGUUGGUGGUGAAAACAGAAUCCCCAGAUGAGUGGUCCUUCGGUCUGGACUGUCAGGACCCAGAAGAGGACAUGAAAGGGGAGCUCUCAUCCAGUCCACUGGCCACUGAUGUGCUGCAGCUGCUGGUGGUUAAAGAAGAGGUGCCUGAUGAAUCGGGCUUCUCAGUAAACCAUCAGGGGCCAGAGCUUCACAUAAAAGAGGAAGAAGAGGAAGUUGCGGCCAGUCCAUUGCCAGCUGAUGUCCAGAAGCUGUUUGUGGUUAAAGAAGUUCCCGAUGACUGGAGCUUCACCACAACCAAUAAGAACCAAGAACCUUUCAAGUGUCACAAUGAGGAAGAGGAUCAGCCCUCUAAUGGCAGUAGUGAGUUUGACGUCAAUUAUGAUGACUGGCGGAUGGAGACCAUGCACGAAUCGGAGGAAAAUUCCAAUGCGGGAUAUAACACGGCCAGACAAUUCUUUAGCUGCUCUAUCUGUCGUAAGCAGUUCCUCUACAAGGAGUGUCUGCGGAAACACAUGAAAUGCCAUUUAGAAAAAAGCAGUUUGGGCUUCCAGGUGGUUGACAAAGGCCUCAUUGUAAAGCAAAAUUUAGACUCAGAGAUGAUGGGUUCAGAGAAAGCGUUUGGUUGCGAUGUUUGUGGUAAAACGUUCCACCAAAGGUCUUAUCUGUAUAGACACAGGCGGACCCACACAGGAGCGAAGGCUUUUGCCUGUGACAUCUGUGGUAAAACCUACAUUGAUAAGUCGACUCUUAACAAACAUAUGAGCAUCCACAGCGGAGAGAAAGCGUUUGGCUGCGAUGUUUGUGGUAAAACCUUCAUCCAAAAGUCCAAUCUUUAUAAACACAAGAGAAUCCACACAGGAGAGAAACCCUUUGGCUGUGAAGUUUGUGGUAAAGCAUUUAUUUAUAAGUCUAUCCUUAAUGGCCAUAUGUUGGUCCACACAAGAGAGAAAAUCUAUGGCUGUGACGUGUGUGGUAAAACCUUCACAGAGAAGUCCGAUCUCCAUAAACACAAGAGCACCCACCCAGUAGAGAAGUCCUUUGGAUGUGACAUCUGUGGUAAAUCCUUCAUCAAUAAGUCGACCCUGAACAGACACGUGGGGAUCCACGCGGUGGACAAACCGUUUGGCUGUUUGGUCUGCGGAAAAACCUUCCACCAGAAGGUAGUCCUCAAUAGGCACAUGGCAAUCCACACAUUGGAAAAAUCCCUCGAGUGUGACGUCUGUGGUAAAAUGUUCAAACAAAAGGCGCACCUCGCCACGCACAAAACGAUCCAUACGGGAGAGAAACCGUUUAUCUGCGACGUGUGUGGGAAAGCGUUCAACCGGAAGGAGAGGCUUUGCUCGCACAAACGAAUCCACACCGGGGAAAAACCCUUCGGCUGUGAUUUUUGCGGUACGAUGUUCAAUGACAGCUCAACCCUCAGGAAGCACAUGAGGAUCCACACGGGAGAGAAGCCCUUCGGCUGUGAUGUUUGUGGUAAAACAUUUCGUUUCAGAUCGAACGUCAAAAAGCAUAUGAAUACCCACACAGAACAGAAAUCACCUGUUGCAGAAUUAAUAUGAAUGAUUACUUGUAUGCUAUGUUGUAGGAACUAUAAUUAUUUAUUUAUUUAUUAAUGUGAUGUUUUGCGGCAUUUAUGUAAUUUUCCUCUUUACUAUUGCAUUUUUUCUUGAAAUGCAUUUUCAUGUCUAGUCUUUUCUUGGCAUAUAUAUAAAGCAGGCCGUUAAAGUUUUUUUGCGUGGCUGGUAAUUUUACGUCAACAUGAAAAAUGUUGCUACGUCACUGUUUAAUUUAAAAUUAGAAAAAUUCAGCCCAACUUUCUGUCAAAGCUGGAUUUCCAGCCGAAAAUUCUUCAAACGCAUUCUCUAAGUCUGCAUUGCCGUUUCUGUGAGUUUGUUCAGAGGUUUUGGAUUUUUUUCCCCUUAAACUUGUUUAUAAUUCAUGUAUAUUACUGUAGUUUUGGAUAAAUGUAAAGAACAUAAUCCUUUUAUUUUGUAUUUUUCGAACAGUUUUUAGGAAAGGGUUUGCUUUACUCAUAAGCGUUAUAAGAUUUAACCAUUGUAUACAUCAUCUAAUUAGGGAUACAAAUAUGCAAACAAAAUAUGUUCUCGCCAUUUGGAAAGACAAAUAAGCCUCUGUGUUGAGUCAUAUUCAAAGCCUGAGGAAUCAUGAAGUCUAGCGCUAAUAUAACUUACUAGACACUCUUAAAAACCAAAAACAGUCGGGGUCUACUUCCUUUUUUUCCUGUAUUAAGAAAUUUUGACCCAUCCACACAUUUUAUGGACACACAUACUCAGUGACUGUAACUGACUUUGUUCUGGUGGUGAUAGAUAUGUAUAGUUUUGUGUCAUUAGCAAAUGUGUGAUAAGAGAUGCGCACAAUAAUCUUACCUAGGCGAUAGCAAGGUGACAUUAUUAAGACACUGAAUAAAAAUGGUGCAAGAAUGGAGCCUUGUGGAACCCCAGAUAUGUUGGUCUAGAAUCUAGAUUAACAGUUGCUAAAUAACAGGAAUAUAGCUGAUAAAAAUGACCAAAUUAUUGGUUGAAAUAUUCUAAACUGUUCAGUGUAACUUUAUGCUGCUGUAAAAAAAAUAGGCAAUAAGUGAGGUAGUUAGUGUAUGUAAGCUAAACAGUUGUAGUUGCAUGGACUAUGAAUUACAGGUAAAUAUAUUCUUAGUGUAGAUUAUGAUUUUUCAAAAUAUAGAAAAUAAAUGUUUAACAUAGAAAUAAAAAAGGGGAGAAAAAGGGCACAAACAUUUCAUUACAAAUUAACUUUUCUGGAUUAUAGCUGUGUUUAUGCAAAGAUUCUUCUGGUUUCUUUGAUUUUUGUUUCAGCUUGUAAAUGAAAUUGCCUUAUUUUGUAUCUUGAUUUCAAUAUUUAUCAAUUUAUUGUUUUCUAAAGUUGUGAAACUGUUUACAGUUAAAACCAUCGGAAAGUUUAUAAAAUGUUUAUGUCUGAGUUGUAUACGUCUGCUUUCGCACACAAAAACAACAGCUUCCCCUCCGCCACCACUGCAUAGUCUAUGCUUUGGGACUGACAGACGGAUGCAGUUAUUGAUAUAUAUUUAUUUCCGCACCCACAACAGCCUAGAAUGCUCUAGAUUGAUGACAUAGCCCUGUCCUCUACACACUAAUGACUGUAUUGCCACACAUAUGAACAUAUUCCUGAAAUAAUCAGACAUCACUAUCAUGAGCUGCCUGAUCACCGCUGGUGAUUAGACAGCUAAUGAUAAGACGGUUGCAAUUGUGGCUUUGUAGUGUAAAAAAAACGCCUCCUAUGUUUACAAUAUUCAGGAUAUUCUUGUGGACAUAUCUGCAGCUACGUAUUGUUCUGAGCGUGGAUUUUCUUUGUGCCUUACCUCACUGUUUCCAUAAUGCCAUAUCAUUUUCUUGUCAUUACCUGUGACCUAACUGUGUUUACCAGUAUGUUUUUUUUUUUUUUUUUAGAACAGGAAAGAAAAGACAUUUCAUAGCUUGUUUACAUGAUCGCUAUUGGCAAUAAAUAGCUAUAAUUUUGAUUUGUUAAAUAGCUGCAUGCUUAUUUUCUAAAUUUCAUAGUAAGCUUAAAUGUACUUUUUAGUUUCACAGCCCUUUGGUAUUGUAUGAGAAAAAAUAAAAACAAAUUUGGUCACAA